AUGAAAAGGCGACAAAAGAGGAAACACCUGGAAAAUGAAGAGUCCCAGGAGACUGCGGAGAAAGGAGGAGGAAUCUCAAAAUCACAAGAGGAUCCCCCUCAGCUAGGAUGCACUGCAAUGGCCCAAGUCUGCCCCCAAGGGGCAGGGGAGGUCUCUUCUGCCUCUGAAUACUUCUCCUGUGUUUCUUCUCCAUGCAAGCUCAUCCACGGUGGAAUCUGGAAGUUGCAUCGAGACAGUUCCCAGCCUAGAGCACCCCUAGCCCAUCUUCAAGAACAAGGGGAGAUGGCUCCCCUGUCACCACGUGUCUCCUUCUCCUCCCCUUCAUCCUACAAGACCUGCGCAACCUCUCUGCAUAUGAACAAAGAGAAGAGGGGCAUGAAAAUAUACUACAUGCAGGUACAAAUGAAAAAGGGCGUUGCUGUCUCCUGGGAGGCAGAGAAACCCUCGGAGUCGCUAGAAAAGCAGCCGAGGAUGGAGGAAGUGACCCUUCCUGAGGACGUGCGGGUGGGGACUCCCCCCUCGGACGUGUCCACCAGAAACCUCCUGUCUGACAGCGAGCCCAGCGGGGAGGAGAGAGAGCACGAGGAGAGGGCUGAGGCAGACAGCCCCGCCCCAGGGUCACCCACCGUCGAGGAGAGGCCCCGGGCCCGGACACCCGACUGGCUGGUGACCAUGGAGACCGGCUUCCGCUGCAUGGCCUGCUGCCGGGUCUUCCCCAGCCUGGAGGUCCUGCAGGAGCACGUGCAGAAUGGCAUCCGCGAGGGCUUCAGCUGCCACGUCUUUCAUCUCACCAUGGCCCAGCUGACAGGCAAGGCAGAAUCGGAGAACACCCCUGAGGAGGAGGUGGAGGACGCGGACGAGGACGGGGAGGACGAGAAGCAGGAGGAAAAGGAAAAGGAGGAGCAGCAGCCUGCGGGGGAAGAUGUCAGCUUGAGGAGACCCUGGAGCCAGUGUCUGGGCUGUGUGUUCCAUUCUCCCAAGGACCGGAAGUGA